UAGAGGGACUCUGCCGAUCUGAACGUUUGAGAGUGAGGCGAGCAAGGAGAGAUAGGGAGGGAGGUCUGGCGGCGGUCGGCGACUGCUCUUGUUUGUGGGGGGAGCGCCGCCGCCGCUAUUUGUGGAAGGAGCUGCGCCGCUGCUGUUUGUGGAGGGAGUCUAUGGAAAAUAGAGGAAGCAAGAGAGAGAGAGAGGAAGUCGAAGGAGAUGGGUAAUAGACGGCUGCCUCGUCGGAGGAGGAGCUGCGACAGUAAAUCUUCGUGGGAAGCGCGAAGCUUCUGGCUGAGAAAAAUGGUGAAUUCUGAGUUGAGAGUGACGUGUAUGUAUACGACAUAUGUAUAAAAUAAAAAUUAAUAUGCCACAUAGACUUAAAAUUAUGUUAAAAUUGCCACAUGAAUUUUUAUUUUACACAAAUUCAAAUUAUGUUAAAAUUGAGAUUAAAUUUAAAAUUGGUAUAUUUUCUUGUCAAAUUUUAAGGUCACGUUAUAAAUGAAAAAAUUGGCAAACUAUAUGUAUUUUCCGGCAAUAUCCCCCUAUAUAUACCAGUAUAUUUUAAUUUGCUCUUUUUUUUUUUGAUAUACAUUUUAACCCUUUUGACUGAGGGAGGGAGCAGGCGAAAAUAAUCGUACGCACACGGUGAAGUGAGAGAAAGAUGGAAGUGACAAUGGCGGAGCCCGGCGAAAUACUGCCGGAGCGCAACGUCGACAUGGAGGCCCUCUAUGAUAUGCUGCGGCAGAGCAAGGGUUCUACCGAGGAAAUCGUCGCCAAAAUUCUGGAAGUUAAAAAAGAAGCUCAACCGAAAUCCCAGCUCCGAGAACUUAUUACGCAGACCCUCCUUAAUUUUGUUACUCUACGUCAGGCUAAUAGGUCCAUCUUGCUUGAAGAAGACCGGGUUAAAGCGGAAUCUGAACGUGCUAAGGCACCUGUAGACUUGACAACCUUGCAGCUUCACAACUUGAUGUAUGAGAAAAAUCACUACGUCAAAGCUAUAAAGGCCUGCAAAGACUUCAAGACCAAGUACCCUGACAUUGAACUUGUUCCUGAAGAAGAAUUCUUUAGAGAUGCACCAGAAGAGAUUAAAAGCCCUGUAUUAUCAACUGAUAGUGCACAUAAUUUGAUGCUCAAAAGGCUCAACUACGAGCUCAGCCAGCGUAAAGAGCUAUGCAGGCUCCGUGAGAAAUUGGAACUACAAAAGAAAGCUCUCCAAGAAACAAUUGCUAACAGGAAAAAGUUCUUGUUAAGUCUCCCAUCUCAUCUUAAGGCCCUCAAAAAAGCAUCAUUGCCUGUGCAGAAUCAGUUAGGGGUUCUGCACACCAAGAAGCUAAAACAGCUCCAGUUAGCAGAGUUACUUCCACCUCCUCUUUAUGUUAUAUAUUCUCAACUACUCGCUCAGAAGGAAGCCUUUGAAGAGAAUAUUGAACUGGAGAUAACAGGAAGUAUAAAGGACGCACAGGCGUUUGCUCGUCAGCUGGCUAACAAGGACUCUGCUGUAUCAGCAAAUUCAGAGAACUCCAAAUUAGAGGAUGAUGUGCCGGAUGAGGAAGAUGAUGGUCAAAGGAGGAGAAAGCGGCCAAAGAAGGUUUCUAGCAAGGAGAAUCUUGAACAAUCUGGAAUAUAUCAGAAUCAUCCACUUAAAGUUAUCCUUCACAUAAAUGACGAUGAUGCUUCAGACACAGAAAAACUCCUCAUCACUUUGAAGUUUGAGUUCUUAAUAAAAUUGGAUGUUGUAUGCGUAGGGGUGGAGGGUUCUGAAGAACCCCCUGAAAAUAAUAUCCUGUGCAACUUAUUUCCAGAUGACACUGGCUUGGAGCUCCCCCAGCAGUCGGCUAAGCUCUCUGUUGGUAGUUCUCUUUCAUUUGAUGAAAGGAGAGCUUCAAGGCCGUACAAAUGGGCCCAGCAUUUGGCUGGCAUUGAUUUUUUGCCGGAGGUAUCACCGCUGCUUUCAGUCUCUGAAGAAUCAAAUCGCGAAACAACUAAAUAUCCUUCUGUUUCAUCGGGUCUGUCAGUAUAUCGUCAGCAAAACAGGGUGCAGACUGUUGUGCAAAGAAUCCGUGCCCGGAGAAAGGCUCAGCUGGCUCUUGCGGAAUUACUUGACUCACUAGGGAACCUUAAAUGGCCAACUUUGACCUGUGAGAGUGUCCCAUGGGCCUCACACACACCUCGCUGCAAAUUGCAUGGCUGGUCAUUCCUGACUUCUGCUGGCAAUAGUUCUGGAUCUGUGCCUGUUGGUGAUGCUGAGCAAGGUCAGGAUUCUAAAAAUGUUGAUGCACAUAUUAAAACAGGUGUCUCCAGAGAGGAUAUAGAGACUAUAAAAGAGGAUGGAGAGCUCCCGUCUUUGGUCCCAGUUGCUACUGGUGUUAAUGAUGCUAAAUCAACAGCUUCUGGAGGAUCUGAAUUUGAACAUUCUGGAAGGCUGAGUUUGAUUUCAGCAAGUCUCAUGUCUCCGCUCACAAACAAGGGGAAGUCGCCAAUCUAUAAAAGGCAAGAGGAUGACAUUGAUCUCAUGCUGGAAUCUGAAAAUGAGGACGAGCCAGUCCAAUUAGAGGAGCAGUAUGAUAAUGUAUCACGGUGGGAGGGACCAGCAGUGAUAGACAAUGCUUGGGCUGAUUAUGGGGUCAAAGGAUAUACUCUUGGGCUAGCCCAGAAGUUGGAUAAUGAUGAUAGGAUCAUGAUACUCAAAGCCAAGAUAAAGAUUAGUAAGGAAUAUCCUGUGAGGCCUCCUCAGUUUGAGCUGGGUCUGUAUAAUUGUUUUCAAGGAAAGAAUAAAUCUGAAACAAUAUGUUCCGAGUUUUUCAAUGAACUUUCGGCAAUGGAGGCAGAGGUCAAUAUUCACCUCAUGAGAACCAUACCUUUCGAUGAAGAAAAUUUCGUCCUAGGUCAUCAAGUUCUUUGCCUCGCAAUGCUAUUCGAUUUCUUCUUUAAUGAUGGGAACAUGUCUUCUGAGAGGAGGUAUACUUCAGUUAUCGAUGUUGGUUUGUGCAAGCCUGUAAAUGGCGAGCUUGUCAGUCGAUCCUUUAGAGGUAGGGAUCGUAGGAAAAUGAUUUCUUGGAAGGAGAGAACUUGCACUUCUGGCUACCCUUACUAAGACUUGGGAUCCAGAUCAAGAAACCACUACCUAACUUGCUAUCUUCACACAGCUUAGGAGAUUUCUGGCAAUUUACAGGUGAUGCGAAACCCAGUUUCUACAUUUUGUUCCUCCUGAACAUAUUAUGUAGUUUCACUGCAUUUGAUGUCGCCAGCUCUGCCAAGAUCCGUGCUUGGAUGCUUACGAGUAGCCGGACCUGGAGUGAACAAGGUUGUGCCGUUAGGUCUUCAAAUUGUAUUUUAAUUCACUAUAUUGUUUAAUGUCAUUUACAACAGAAUGCAAAUUUGGAGGAUCCAGAUGUCCAAUCGAAUCAGAACUACUAUUUUCAUGCUAUGGCAAUUGGUAGGUUGUGUCUUAA